UGACGUGGCUUUAGGCUGCAGCGCAGCCGGAAGAGAGGCAGAUUUAUUUGCAUAUAUGCCGAGAGGAGCUGGAGUGUCAGUUCAGCGUGAUUGAAAAAAAAGGAAAGAAAACGCAUUCAAGGAAGAAGGAUGGUGACUGAUGUCCAGCUGGCCAUCUUUGCCAACAUGCUUGGCGUGUCGUUAUUCCUGCUGGUUGUGCUCUACCACUAUGUUGCUGUAAAUAACCCCAAGAAGCAGGAGUAGCUUUCACUACAAUGACUGGACACGUGAUCUGAGAAUUGGAGUCCUAAUCUUCCUACCGAGUCCACCUUUACAAGAUGAAGUUCUGUUGCCCCCUACUUUUUUAUUUCUAAUAAAAAAAUGUCAGAAUUCAA